GGGAGGAGGAGGAGGAGGAAGGGGGCGGUGGGAACGAUUGUUGUCGCCGUUUUCUCCGUUUUUGACUGGGGAGUGUGAAUUAAACACGAGCCGGGGGCGGGGGGGGCGGGGGGCGGCGAGACGAUGGCGGAUAUAGACAAGCUCAACAUCGACAGCAUCAUCCAACGGCUGCUGGAAGUAAGGGGGUCAAAGCCUGGUAAAAAUGUCCAGUUGCAAGAGAAUGAGAUACGAGGAUUGUGCUUGAAGUCUCGAGAAAUUUUUCUCAGCCAGCCUAUCCUAUUAGAACUUGAAGCACCUCUUAAAAUAUGUGGUGAUAUCCACGGACAGUACUAUGAUUUGCUUCGACUCUUUGAAUAUGGUGGUUUCCCACCCGAAAGCAACUACCUGUUCCUUGGAGAUUAUGUUGACCGGGGGAAACAGUCCUUGGAAACCAUCUGUCUUCUUCUGGCCUACAAAAUCAAAUACCCAGAGAAUUUUUUCCUUCUCAGAGGAAACCAUGAAUGUGCCAGCAUUAAUAGAAUUUAUGGAUUUUAUGAUGAAUGUAAAAGAAGAUAUAACAUUAAACUAUGGAAAACCUUUACCGACUGCUUUAACUGUUUGCCCAUUGCAGCUAUUGUGGAUGAGAAAAUAUUCUGCUGUCACGGAGGUUUGUCACCAGAUCUUCAGUCAAUGGAGCAAAUUCGGCGAAUUAUGCGCCCUACUGAUGUACCGGAUCAAGGUCUUCUUUGUGAUCUCUUGUGGUCCGACCCAGACAAAGAUGUUUUGGGCUGGGGUGAAAAUGACAGAGGAGUGUCUUUUACAUUUGGUGCAGAGGUUGUAGCGAAGUUCCUUCAUAAGCAUGAUUUGGAUCUUAUAUGUAGAGCCCAUCAGGUGGUUGAAGAUGGAUAUGAGUUUUUUGCAAAGAGACAGUUAGUAACUCUGUUUUCUGCUCCAAAUUAUUGUGGAGAGUUUGACAAUGCAGGUGCCAUGAUGAGCGUGGAUGAAACUUUAAUGUGCUCUUUUCAGAUUUUGAAACCUGCGGAGAAAAAGAAGCCAAAUGCCAGCAGACCUGUAACACCACCAAGGGGUAUGAUCACAAAACAAGCAAAGAAAUAGAGGUUCUAAAGACAGCACUAGUGUACUAGGAGACUAGAAGAGUGUUACUGUCAUGCAAUGCAUACUGUUUUUACAAACCACUGUGAACUUCUUUUUUUACUUUAAAGACUUGUUUUAAAGGGAUUGCUUUUUUUUCCCCUCAAUGUCUUGUCAUGUACAAACUAGUUUUAUUGCUAUCAACAUUAGGAAUAACCUUCAAACUUGCCAGCAUCACUGGUAUGGUGUAAUAUUUAAUUAAAGCACACUUCCCCUACCAUCUACUUUAGAUUGACAAAGCCAUUAUUUUAAAUGUUUGUGACUUUCCUAAAGCCAAAGUUUCUGUUGACAUCUGAAUUGACACAACCAGUGAAUACAACUUGGGGUGGUUGUGUAUGUAUUCCUUCCUCUUGGGGAUUUAAAAACAAGUUUUGACUUUGACUAAGAAAUAAUACUGUACUGUUGUGCUGUUAAUAACUAUAAGGUCAAUGAUGUUUUAUACUGUUUCCUUAUGGCCUAUUCAUUGAGUAAUAUUUUUGCAGAGUUAGGCCUAGACCUGUCCAUUCAGCUAUAAAUUAUAGAAACACAAGUGUUCUGAACAAGUGAUGAGUUGUGCUUUCUUUGGCCUACAGGCUUUAUUCUGCAAUGAAAUCAAGAACAUGGCUUGUAAAACCAACCAAAUAAAGGAAUUAACUUAUUUUACUCUUCCACCAAUUUAUACAAAGCUCAAACAGUAUCUGUGACUUUUUUAAAAAUGAAACUAAGAUCUGUUAAAGAAAUCUGUUUGAACAGAUGACAGUGUACAGUACCAUGUGGUGAAACCUAAUUCAGACUUAUUAAAUGAAGAACUUGUUAACUCUUCUCAGUGUCAAUUUUAUCAGCACAAUACACACAGGAAAACUGUUGAUAGCAUAUUGAAUAGAUAUUAAAUAAUAAAUUGUUCUGGAAACCA